UAGUACAAAUUUCAUGCGAAAAUAGAUGAUCAAAUCGAUAAAGCGAAUGUAGCCAUGACACAAGGCCUAAUUGGUAAACUUAUGUCUGUGCUAGAGUCGACUUUGACGAAACUGGCACGUUACGAUGAGGGCAGUCUAAUUGGUUCUAUACUCAGCUUUACUAAUGUAUCCAGCUCAGGAAAGGAUCUCGGCCAAGGUUAUGUAAAUUUCUUUCGCAACAAUAUGGAUCAAGUACGGGGUAAAAUCGGUGACGACUUAUGGACUUUGAAUUUUUUCGAACAGUGGUACACACAGCAGAUUAAUAUGCUUUGCAAUUGGCUCUCGGAGCGGUUAGAUCAUGCACUCCACUAUGCCCAAGUCACAUCGAUAUCGCACAUAACAAAGAAAAUAUAUUCAGAUUUUGAGCUGCAAGGUGUAUUGGAGGAUAAACUCAAUUCCAAAGCAUAUCAAACUGUUGCUCAGCGUGUGGCCACUGAGGAGGCAACGUGCGCACUCAGCAUGCCCGAUGUCGCUGAGUGUGAGGACAACAUGGAUACCAUACAGGGUGAGGGUGGGGUCGAAGAUGUUACCGGAGACGAGGUAGCCGGCAGUAGUAGUACUGGCGGCAUUUCACGAGGUUUACCAAAACCAAAAAUUGCCGCUGCACAAGCAGCGGCCGUAACGAACGUUGUGGCUGGUCGUGUUGGCAAUUUGCUGGGCAAAGGUAUUGGUGGGCUUAGUUCGAAGCUCGGAGGUGGAAGUUGGUUUUAAAGCUAUCAAAAAUUGGCUUUGCAUUAUCAAAAUGGUAUUAGCAUUAGAUGGCGUGUAAGAGAUCGGGGCGUAAGCAUACAACUUUUUUUUUAAUAAUAUGAAAGUAAGUAAAGUACUAAAAAUGAUUUGGAAGCAAGGUAGCAUAUAGAAAAUUAAACACCACAAGUUAUAUUCAUCGUAAGCAUGUGUCUGACAGAUUAAUGAAACCAACGCAAGACUGAGUCUUGUCGAGGCCCUUUGCUCCCGAGAAGAGUGAACAAGGAAGAAAAAACAUGUGUCUGCACAUUGUAUAUUAUAUGUUUACUUACUUGUACAUGUAUAAGUAUAUAAAAAACAUAUGUGUUACAAAUACCAAUUAUAUAUGCAUGCAUAAUGUAUAUCAAGGUAUAAACAAUAGUAAAAUUUUAACAAAAAAACAAUAUUACAAUACAUAAAAUUUAUGUUUCAUUUUAUAACUGAAGCCCAGAAAUAACUCUUAAGCUGGCCGCACAUAGACAAUAAAUCAAAGUAAACCGUUGAAAGCCAUUUUGCUACAUACCAUACGUAUGGAUCGGUCGACGAUUUUCAUUUCAAGUUGCUCAUCGGCGAGUAAAGAUGGAACGCGAAAAAAUAUACAUACAGUAUGCAAAAUUUGUAUUAGUACACCCCCUUAUAAAUAAAAAAACCACGUAUAUUUUCAAAUUAAUUUUAAAACCAAUACUUGAAACCGUUUUAUUUUAUUGAUAAUUAACUAAAAUAAGGCCAAAUAAUAAAACCGCUCACAAAGUGUAUUGAAUUGCAAAAAAAAAAUAAGAAAGAAAAAAAUUAACACUUUUCACAGAAGCAAAAUUCGUAUCAGUACACAUGUAUUUUUAAUGAUUUAAAGAGUAAAUAAAAGAUAGUUCAGAAAAUUAAUAUUUUGUAGGAUACCCUCGUUGCCUUAGAACAGCAGACAAUCGCUUCGGCAUAGAUUCCACUAAUUUUUUGUGAGAUUUGGAGAAAUCUUCUUCCACUCUGAUUUGAGGACUUUUUUUAAAUGUUCUCGGUUCCUUAUUUGAUGAUGUUUCAGUUGCUUUUUGAAAAUCGACCAUAAAUUUUCUAUGGGAUUAAUAUCCGGGCUUUGUGGUGGUGUUUUGAGAUAAUUUGGACAGUUAUAAAGGAUCAAUAACCUUGUAUCCAACGCCGUGUGCUUAGGGUCGUAAUCUUGUUGGAAUAUAAAUUUUUUUUUGCAACCCAAUUUUUUGGCAUAUUCUUUGCGUAGAUUCUUUUUUAAAAUAUCAAUAUAUUGCCUCGCAGUCAUAAUUCCAUCAAUAAAAUGCAACUUUCCUACUCCGUUUGCCCCGAAACAUCCCCAUACCAUCAGAGAACCACCACCGUGCUUGAAAGAAGGCUGCGGAUUUCAUUUCUGAAGGCUAGUAUUACACUUUCUCCACAUUUUUAUGCGUCCAUCGGACAUUUUUAUAUGAUUUUUCCAAAACCACAUAUUUUUGUUUAAAUAUUGCCAGGCGAAAAUAACACGCUUUCUUCUAUUGACUGAGCUUACAUACGGUUUUCUAACCGCAGUUCUGCUUCUAAAUCCCAUUUUUUUUACAUAAUUGCGCACUGUUUGAGGUGUAACUUUGAUAGAAAAGUAUUUUUCUAGUUCUGCAGCUAGUGAAACUCCACUGACGGUGGGAUCUUUCCUGAUAAGGCGUUUCAAAUAAGUCUUGUGCCUCUGUCCAAGCUUUGCCCUGCUCACAUUUCGAAGCUUUUUGUCAAUCCUUCCACUGUCUCUAUAAAUUUUGACUACGUUUUGUAUUGUAGACACACUUUUCUGCAAUGUUCUCGCAAUUUCGCGUAAAGACUUUCCGUUUUUGUUCAUAUUUAUUAUUAAUCUCCUAGUUUCGUUUGAUAAUUCACUUAGUUUAGGCGACAUUGCAAACUAACUCCGCGAACUUCAACAAAUGGCUACUAAAACGCAACUGCCCAAUGUUAAACAUUGAAUGUUUAACACAAUCGUUUCGAAAAUAACGGUAAAUACCAACAAAUUGUUUACAAAUUCAACGCAUACUACGUGUACUAAUACGAAUUUUGCCUGCAGUAGAAAUAGCUACACUGCUACUAAAGCUAUUUUUUUCAAUUCUAUGCAAAUGCUUCGGAGUUUUUGUUAUUAUUCUAUUUUUUUAUGAAUUAUACAAUGCCGCACUACGAUUGAAAUUAAUUGCUUUAAAGUAAAUUUGAAAAUAUACGUGGUAUUCUUAUUUGUAAGAGGGUGUACUAAUACGAACUUUGCAUACUGUAUACAGUUUGUCAAGAAUAUCUUUGAAUAGUGAAGAAAAAUUUAAAAUUUUAGCUUUGAUCGAGAAUUCCAGCAACAAAUAAAAAAGCAAACAAAAAAUUCCAUUACUGUACUUGUCUACGACUAUUAGGCACCAACAGUUAUAAAAUAAACACACACAUUACAAAAGCAACAACAAAAAGGACGUUUACUCUAUUUAAAAAGUGUCAAAAAAAUCUUUGCAUAACUGAUGAAAACAACAAAAAAUGCAGUUAUUUUCCGCGAAUUUCAUUCAUUUGGGUCUUUGUUGCAAAUGGUCUGGAAUGUGAAAGGGGUAAGAAAUGAUUUAGUUGAUUUAAUUAGUUUCGGAAUAUCAUAUUCCAAUGGUGUUUUUUCCAACUUUUCUCUGAUGAAUCUUAUUAUUUCACUUUUAUUAGUUGGCGAUCUUUUUCAUACAUUUAUUUUUAAAUGAACCCAUAAAUUUUCGAAUGGGUUAAUGUCGGUACUUUCGGCGGGGUAUCAAUAACUUUGGUGCAGUUGUAAAGUAACCAGGACCUGCAUAAAUAAGAUUUAUCUUUGAAAUCAUUAUCUUGACAUUAUUUGUAUUUAAAUUUGUUCGAAUUUUCCGGGUCAACAAAGCCAAAUUUUCUAAUACUGGAAGUCAAUUCGUUUUUUAAAAUCUGAAGAUAUACUUCCUUGGUCAUUAUUUCGUCGAAAAUUUUGAUUUCACCCACUCCGAUUGUUGAUAUACAACCCUAAACCAUUACUGACAGUUUACUGUAGAGAUAAUAUUAUAUUUUUGUUUUGUAGUGCUGUGAGAGGCUUACGCCAAACUCCCAGAGGCCCAUCAUGGUAGUAGAGCAUAAUUUUCGUCUCAUCUAAGAAAAUAACGUCAUCCCAGUACUCUGUGGGUAGCGAUAUGUGCUCGGUGGCAAAUCGCAAUCUUUUAUCAACGUUUUGUGCUCUUGAAGAAUAUUUGUGUUUUUGCAACACUUUUCGAAGAGUUUUCAUGAGAAACUCUUAACCCAUAGUCGUUUCCCGCUUGAAGAGCUAAUCCUCUUGUAACGCUUUUGGCUAUUAUAAAUAGUUUUAAUAAUUUUACGUUCAAUUUGCUGCGUCACUUUUUUUGGUCUCCCUGUAGACCCUUUCAACUCAAGUCUUUCUUCAUUUUUAGCACGGUUUAUUAUAUUAUAUAUAUACAUCUCGGCGAUUUCUCUGGCUGAUUUGUCUUUGUAGUGAUUGAAAUGCACGAAUUGAAUAAUAUUUUUUGAAACUCGUUUUCCUGUCAUUUUUUUAUUCAAAUCUGAGAUCACUUGAAGCACUGAAGAGAAUCACUUCAUAACUAAAUAAUUUCUUACCCCUUCCACAUUCCAUACCAUUUGCAAAAAAAUCCAAAUGAAUGAAAUGCGCGGAAAAUAACUGCCUUUUUUGUUGUUUUCAUCAGUUAUGCAAAGAUUUUUUUGACACUUCUCAAAUGGAGUAAACAUCUUUUUUGUUGUUGUUUUUGUAAUGUGUGUGUUUAUCUAAUAACUGUUGGCGCCUAAUAGUCGUAGACAAGUACAGUAAUGGAGUGCGUGUAAAAAUUUUUUGUUUGCUUUUUUAUUUGUUGUUGGAAUUCUCGAUCAAAGCUAAAAUUUUAAAUUUUUCUUCACUAUGCAAAGAUAUUCUUACAAACUGUAUAAUUAUAAAUAUAAGUAUAAGCAUCACUGUAGCAAGUCAGAUAAUCUUCAAUCAAUGCUUUACUUGUUGUAGCCAAACGUAGAUCACAAAAGAAGUGACAGAAACCUUCACACUUCCCUACACACACUCAACUGAUUGUAAAGAUUUCAAUUUUAAAACAUUCAAUAAACAUUUUAAACAACAAACUGUGUCACACACAUGGCAAACCAUUAGAAUUUCAACAGGUUGAUUCGAUUUGUUGCGCAUUUGCGGCCAGCUUUAAUUCCGUUUUCGGACAUUGCAAAAAGGCUAAAUGAAAAAGAGGUGUGCAGUCAUAUCUUAAUCAUAUCCAAUAAUAGUUUAAGGCCACUAAAGAUAAAAUAAAAUUGUUUUCUUAAUUGC